AUGGGUAAAACAAGUGACCUAAGAGACUUUGAGUGUGGCAUGAUCGUCGGUGCCAGGCGUGCCGGUUCUAGUAUCUCAGAAAUGGCCGGGCUCCUGGGCUUUUCAGGCUCAACAAACAAAACACAUCCAGUCAUCAGCAGUCCUUCCUACGCUGUCUCAGUCUGCACUGACAACUCUCUGAGCUGCUUUUCCACCAUCUCCAUCAUCAUGGCUGUGGGUUCUGCUCAAUGGGCAGCCCCACUGGCCCUGGUACUACUGGCAAUCACCCUGGCGGUGCCAGCCCUGGGAGGGUGCCCAUCCGCCUGCCGGUGCUCCUUCGCCAUGCUACAGUGCCUGGAGCCCAAUGGCAUUGCCACUAUACCCAUGUUGGCACUACAGGAGAGCGAGAAUGUCACGGAAAUUUACAUCGAAAAUCAAGCCGACCUGGAGAACAUUACAGAAGUAGACCUUGCCAACUAUAGAGAGUUGAAGAAUCUCACGGUCACGUUCUGCAGGCUGGCGUACAUCUCGGCGAAUGCUUUCCAACACAACCUCAAGCUCCAAUAUGUAAACCUGGCAUCUAACUCCCUGGAGCAUAUCAGUUGGAAGGUGUUCCAUUUUCUUCCCCUGCUCAACCUGGUUUUGAGGGACAACCCCCUUGAGUGCUCCUGUGAUAUCCAUUGGCUGCAGCGAUGGCAGCUUAACGACCACAGUGACCUUGACAACCAACCGCUGCACUGCCUCUCCAAUGGCCAUGCCCGACGGUUGGACUCCUUAGUGAUGAAGAAUUGCACUAUACCGGAGGUUGCCAUUGUCCAUGCCAACACCAAGGUCCAGGAGGGAGGCAACCUGACAUUUGUGUGUCAGGUGACAGGAGUGCCCGUGCCUGUAGUGAGGUGGCGCACGAAUAAACUGCUGUCUCGCUAUACUGUACAGGAGAGGUUCUGGGGCUCCACUUUGGAGCUGGAGCUGCAGCUGUGGAACAUGUCCUCAGAAGACAACCUGCACAACUUGACCUGUGAGGCGGAGAACCGGGCCGGGCCUGGGGAUGAGAAAGUGACGUUGGACAUUGAAUUUCCAGCCAAAAUCAUAUUCCUGCACAACGCCGAGCAACAGCACCACUGGUGUUUCCCCUUUAAGGUGGACGGGAACCCUGAGCCAUCCAUCCGCUGGCUUUUCAACGGCUCCAACCUGACCGAGGGCCUCUACACUUACACACAGUUCAUUCCCGACUCGGACGACGGCUCUGUGAAGCACGGUUGUCUAUUUCUCAACAAGCCCACCCACCUGAACAACGGCCUCUACACCAUCAUCGUGGGGAACAGACUGGGCGUGGACCAAGCUACGGCCACGGGGAUGUUCAUGGACAACCCCUUUGACCCCUUUGAUCCUGAGGGCAUCAUCCCAGUCCUUGAAGAAAGUGAUCCACUUCCCACCAACAAAUCUAACGAGGAUGUCACUGAGAACCUGGAAAGCAGAGUGUUUGGGGUGUCGGUGGCAGUGGGUCUGGCUGUGUUUGCUUGCACCUUCCUCCUCAUUAUGGUACUGGUCAUCAACAAGUGUGGCCAGCAGUCCAAGUUUGGUAUUCACCGUUCAUCUGUCUUGGGAACAGAGGAUGAUCUUGCUGUUUCACUGCGUUUCAUGAACUUAGGGGCCAGCCCUCCUUCCUCUGAUGACUCUGGGAUGUCCAGCUUUGUGGAGAACCCCCAGUACUUCUGUGGCAUUUUCAAAGACAAAGACAUGUGUGUGCAGCACAUCAAAAGACAGGACAUAGUUCUGAAGUGGGAACUGGGUGAGGGGGCGUUUGGCAAAGUCUACCUGGCAGAGUGUGCCAAUCUCAGUCCGGACAGUGACAAAAUGCUGGUGGCCAUCAAGACUCUGAAGGAUGCCAACGAGUCGACCCGGCAGGACUUCCAGAGAGAGGCUGAGCUGCUCACAGUCCUCCAGCACCAGAACAUCGUUCGCUUCUAUGGAGUGUGUACAGACGGAGAGCCACUGGCGAUGGUGUUUGAAUACAUGAGACAUGGAGACCUCAACCGCUUCCUCAGGGCGCACGGUCCAGACGCCCAUAUCCUGGAGGAGGUGAAGAUGCCCCCGCUGGGCCAGCUCACUCUUCCCCAGAUGCUGAACAUCGCCGCCCAGAUCGCCUCAGGCAUGGUCUACCUGGCCUCCCUUCACUUUGUGCACCGGGACCUGGCCACACGAAACUGCCUGGUGGGAGAUAUGGGAGAGGGUCUGAUGGUCAAGAUAGGAGACUUUGGCAUGUCCCGGGACAUCUACAGCACAGACUACUACAGGGUGGGUGGGCGUACGAUGCUUCCUAUUCGCUGGAUGCCCCCGGAAAGCAUCAUGUACAGGAAGUUCACCACGGAGAGUGAUAUCUGGAGCUUUGGAGUGGUCCUCUGGGAGAUCUUCACCUAUGGGAAACAGCCCUGGUACCAGCUCUCCAACAGCGAGGCUAUCGAGUGCAUUACACAGGGCCGGGAGCUGGAGAGACCACGCACUUGCCCCAAGGAGGUACACGGCCUGAUGCAGGGCUGCUGGCAGAGGGAGCCCCAGCAGAGACUGGUCAUCAAGGACAUCCACAGCCGCCUCCUGGCCCUGGUUAAGAGCCCCCCUAUCUAUCUGGACAUCCUGGGGUAGAGGCUAGGAGUUCUGUGGCUGAGGCUGGGGCAGUGUCCAGGCAAGGGGAAGUAGGGGAACUUACGGUCAGGAAUGACGGGUAUUGGGAAGGGGUGGAAGUCAGGUAAAGGACUGUGCUAUGGCAAUCCUGAACCUAAGCAUUGCUGUCAUUUACGUCUAUGGAUCUUAACCACACCGACACCCCCUCUGAUUGGAUAUUUGGUCAGGUUGGACUUUGCUAGGAUCUGUUCUGAUAGGGACCAUUGGGUUGGGAAGGGAGUAAGGUGAAGUUGCUUCUAGACGCUGAUAUUGGGUAUUUUUUUGGCCACUAAUGGUUACAGAUAGGAUUGGGGGAGGGGAAGCUGAUCCCAGAUCUGUACCUCAGAGAAACUUUACCCUGGAGCGAUGGGAAGACUAUGGGGAUGGGGGUUACUUCCUGGUCCAUGCUGCUUCAGCUCGCCUCGUCUCAUGACGACCCAGCCCCAACUCUGUUUGCCGCUGGCUGGGAGCGGGUGGAAGAAGAUGAGCCAGCGAAGACCUGUGUUUACUGUGAGUGUUUUAUUGUGUAGCUGAAGGGGUGUCGUCCUGAUGAACGGUUUUGCAUGAUUGGAGAAAUCCAGACUAUACAGUGCCUUUGGGAAUGCAUUCAGCCCCCUUGACUUUUUCCACAUGUUACGUUACAGCCUUAUUCUAAAAUGUAUUAAAUAGUCCCUCAGUCUACACACAAUACCCCAUAAUGACAAAGCAAAAAUAGGUUUUCGGGAACUUUUUGCAAAUUUAUUACAAAUAAAAAACUGAAAUAUUACAUUUACAUAAGUAUUCAGACUCUUUACUCUGUACUUUGUUGAAGCACCUUUGGCAUCUAUUACAGCAUUGAGUCUUCUUGGGUGUGAUGCUACAAGCAUAUUUGGGGAGUUUCUCCCAUUCUUCUCUGCAUAUCCUCUCAAGAUCUGUCAGGUUGGAUGGGGAGCAUCGCUGCACAGCUAUUUUCAGGUCUCUCCAGUGAUGUUCGAUUGGGUUCAAGUCCGGGCUCUCAAGGACAUUCAGAGACUCGUCCCAAAGUCACUCCUGCGUUGUCUUGGCUGUGUGCUUAGGGUCGUUGUCCUGUUGGAAGGUGAACCUUCGCCUCAGUCUGAGGUCCAGAGCACUCCGGAGCAGGUUUUCAUUAAGGAUCCCAUUGUACGUUGCUCCAUUCAUCUUUGCCUCAAUCCUGACAAGUUUCCCAGUCCCUGCCUCUGCAAAACAUCCCCAUAGCAGAAUGCUGCCACCACCAUGCUUCGCCGUAGGGAUGGUGCCAGGUUUCCACCAGUUGUGACGCUUGGCAUUCAGGCCAAAGAGUUCAAUCUUGGUUUCAUCAGACCAGAGAAUCUGGUUUCUUAUGGUCUGAGAGUCUUUAGGUGCCUUUUGGCAAACUCCAAACGGGCUGUCAUGUUCCUUUUACUGAGGAGUGGCUUCCGUCUGGCCACUCUACCAUAAAGGCCUGAUUGGUGGAGUGCUGUAGAGAUGGUUGUCCUUCUGGAAGGUUCUCCCAUUUCCACAGAGAAACUCUUGAGCUCUGUCAGAGUGACCAUCGGGUUCUUGGUCACCUCCCUGACCAAGGCCCUUCUCCCCUGAUUGCUCAGUUGGCCGGGUGGCCAGUUCUAGGAAGAGCCUUGGUGGUUCUAAACUUCUUCCAUUUAAGAAUGAUGGAGACCACUGUGUUCUUGGACCUUCAAUGCUGUAGAAAUGUUUUGGUACCCUUCCCCAGAUCUGUGCCUCGACACAAUCCUGUCUCUGAGUUCUACGGACAAUUCCUUCGACCUCAUGGCUUGGUUUUUGUUCAGACAUUCAUUGUCAACAGUGACAUGCAUCGUCAACCUUAUAUAGACAGGUGUGUGCCUUUCCAAAUUGUAGAAACAUCUCAAGGAUGUUCAAUGGAAACAGGAUGCACCUGAGCUCAAUUUCGAGUCUCAUAGCAAAGGGUCUGAAUACUUAUGUAAAAAAAAAAGGUAUUUCUGUUUUUAAAUUUUUCAUACAUUUGCUAAAAUAAAAAAGUAAAAUGUUUUCGCUUCGUCAUUAUGGGGUAUUGUGUGUAAAUUGUUGGGAAUUUGUAUUUAUUUAAUACAUUUUAGAACAAGGCUGUAACGUAACAAAAUGUGGAAAAAGUCAAGGGGUCUGAAUACUUUCCGGGAUUUACUGUUGCCUGAGAAUAUGGAAAAGAUGAAUUACUUUAGUGAAUUUUAAGGGGCUCAGUGAUUUUCAAUCCCGAGCAUACUUUUCAUAGGUGAAAUUUCAAACAUUCUUCUACAAUUUUGAUAAUAAGAGCUUUACCAUUAUAACCAUUCUGUAUUGUAACAGUAAGAAGCCAUUUUCAAACUGUGUGAUAUAAUCUGCAGGAGUGAAAGUGAUUUCAAGAGAGACCUAUUGUGCCAAGUCAAUUGCACUAAUCAGAAAGCUUUCUAUUGUUAGGCAGUUAUGUCAGAUCUAUCAUUUUUCAUAUGCAUAGCCCAGACCAUAGUAAAGAAACUGCAUACAAAGUCUGUGUUCUUCAUGGCUAUCACUUGCAUUGUAUUGGGAUAUCGAUUAUUAAUUAGCAUUUUGCAAUAUGAACUAAAAGUAAAUGGUCAGUAAGAGAUGCUCCUUAUCAAGCUAAUCCUAUUUGGUAACCCAAUUCGUUUAUAAUCCAAAACCCAACCAUCAUCUGGAUUGAAAAUGUCUGUAUACAGUAAUGUGUGUGUGUGUAUAUGUGUGUGUGUGUGCGCAAUGGUAAGUUUGACCGGACGUCGUCUACUGUCGAUAUUGUUCUCUACAGUUGGUUAUAGCAAAAGGAAUACAGUACAAUGUUUUGCAUCUCUCCGCCUACUAAUUCAAAUCCGAAUGUACAAUAUUAUAUUUACAAACAUUAUAUAGUAGAGUUGUAUAGUUAUUCUUUUGACUUAAUUCAUCAUUUAUCUAAUGUAUUACUCUGUUUAAAAUGUCUUACUGUGUAUGCAAUCCCUUUCUUACUGUGUAUGCAAUCCCUUUCUUACUGUGUAUGCAAUCCCUUUCUGUCAGAGGACAAAACAAAGACGACUAAUUGUAAAAUAGGAAUAUUUUUGAAAAAACAACGGGGAAACUUCUACUAAAGGCCAGGAAGGUGUUUUUCCUGACAUGCUAUUCUUAAAUGUUUUGCAUUUAAAUACCGUAGAAUGAUUUCUCUGUCCAUGGCCAGUGAGUAUACUCCAAAUAAAAACAUGUGUACGCAGUGCAAGAUUAUAGCUCAUCGGUUCAGGUACAGUUACAUAGCUUUCAUUGGAAAUAGCCAUGUUAACAUGCCUUAUAGUGACCCCCAAAGCAUUUAACAUCAGCCUUUAAGAUCAAAGCAAGCUGCUGAAAUCCAGGAAGGGACCAGAUGGUUGAGAGAGAUUCAUGCGAAAUGGUUUCACAUGUAACAGAUGGAUAACAAUGAUCGAGCCUUCAGGAGGAGAGUGACAGAUGGAGUUGAAAUAGAGACCGUGAUACAACCUAUAGACCACAACAAGGUCUACUCCUCCUUUUAACAUUUCAUCUUGAAAAUAAAAUCAGGCGUUUUACAAGACUAGUAAAACAAUUGGGACACCUUUGAAUGUAAAUAUGUCAAUCUGCUUUAUUGAUGUUUAAAAAAUGGUCAUGUUCAAAUAUUGUUACCCCAGCACUUUGUAUAUCGUCUGCCCACGAAUAAAACAACCAUCUGGUUCAAGAGGUCAGUUUCCAAUUGUAUACCAUCUUACAGUACAUAUUUUUUAAAUGUUUGAGGAUGAACAAAUGUAGACUAAUUGUACCUACACGUUUUAGCCUGCAAAAGCAUCUUUCAUUGUGUGGAGGUCCGUAAUCAAUUACCUGAAUUACACACAGCAGUACUUUCUCACUGGAAGUCUCACCACACACAUCAGUUACUGUAAGAAUAAAGUUUUAUAUUACCUUACAUCACCCCCCAAACAAACA